UUGAGCUCUCUGGGAGACAAAGAGGGAGGGAUGGGAAUGUCGAACUCUUUGCUCUCGGAUUUGGCGCAUUUGUGAAGAACUGAUGGGCUGAAAGACAUUCCCCCCCCCAAAAAAAGGGACGUCUGGUCAGGCCUGUUUAAUGGCAAUAUUUGAGACAGAGCUGCUCAUCCUCAGGGAACAGAAAUGCUGCACAAACUUCUGCUGGCCAUCGCUCUGGCAGCUUUAGCAGCAAGCCUCAUCUCACCUGAGCUGUCAGGUGCCACAGCUACCAAAACAAAAACUCAAGUGACAAACAACUCAGGUGUGACACCAGCUGGGCAGUGUGGGACCUGGGUGAAGGAGCCUGAGGGAGGGUACUUCACCUCACCCAACUACCCUGAGAAAUACCCGCCUGAGAGGGAAUGUGUCUACAUUAUAGAAGCCUCUCCCCGACAGUGCAUCGACUUGUUCUUCGAUGACAAGUACUCCAUCGAGCCGUCCUGGGAGUGCAAGUUCGACCACAUCGAGGUCCGCGAUGGACCUUUUGGUUUUUCUCCCAUCAUCGGUCGCUUCUGCGGGCAGGAGAGCCCGGCAUAUGUCCGCUCCAGUGGGAGGUACCUGUACAUCAAGUUUGUGGCUGAUGGUGAACUGGAGGCCAUCGGUUUCUCUGCCCGCUAUAACUUCACACAAGAUCCAGAGUUCCAAGGGCUCGGGGAUCUGCCAGCUCUGCCAUUUUGUGAGUUUGAGCUGACGGGUCCAGAAGGUUUUGUAGAAUCCACCCAGAUAUCGGCGCUGCAGACCGAGGCUGUAGACUGCAGAUGGUACAUCAAGGCUCCACCAAGAGCUAGGAUCUACAUGCGCUUCCUGGAGUACGAGAUGCACAACUCCAAUGAGUGCAAGCGUAACUUUGUUGCCAUCUACGACGGAAGCAGUUCAGUCGAGCACCUGAAGAAUAAGUUCUGCUCCACGGUGGCCAAUGACGUCAUGCUGGCGUCCUCUGUGGGCGUGGUGAGGCUGUGGGCAGAUGAGGGAAGCAGGAAGAGCAAAUUCAGGAUCCUCUUUACAACUUUCCAUGAGCCUCCGUGUGGAGACGACACUUUCUUUUGCCAUAGCAACAUGUGCAUCAACCACACCCUGGUCUGCAACGGUAUCCAGAACUGUGUCUACCCAUGGGACGAGAAUCACUGCAAAGAGAAGAGGAAGGCCAGUAUCCUGGACACGCUGGACAACACUAACCUUACUAUCAUCGGAGUAACCUGCAGCCUGGUUGUCAUCCUGCUCGUCAUCUCUGUCAUCAUCCAGGUCAAACAGCCUCGCAAGAAAUACAUCAUUCGCAGAGAUGACUUCGACCCUGCCCUGCUCCACCCUGGUUUCGAGCCUCCUCACUACGAGCUCUGCACUCUGCGCCGCGCCCCAUCCGGCGACCUGACUGAUGCCGCCCUGUCUGAGGACUUUGAAAAGUUUCAAAAGCUCCGUCGCUCCUCCUCCAAAUGCAUCCGUGACCACCACUGUGGCUCCCAGCAGGGGAGCAUGCACGGCAGCGUCCACGGUAGCCGUAGCAACCUGAGCAUGAGGGACGAUACGGUAGCCGACGGGGGGGCUCUGGUGCCCCCCCCUCUUCCCCCGGUGAUGGGGAGUCAGCAGUCACCGCGCCUCUCCCACCACGCCACGCCAGCAGGUCGGAGGAGCAUCCUGGUGAUGAAGCACAGCUAUUCUCAGGACGGGGCGGAAGGGUACAGGCCGGAGGAGGAGGAGGAGGAUUUGAUGAUGGAUGAUGGUCCCACCACCAGCCAGCACCACAUGCACCACCAUCAGAUGCACCAUGGCAUGUCUGGGCUGGAGCACGCCGUCCACCGUACGCUGUCGAAUGACUUCUAAUGUAAGGCCUCAUGGAAAUAAAGAGAUGGUAAAAGAGAUCAUCACCUCAAACCUUUACUCGGUGAUGUUAAAACCCUGACUUUAAACUUUUUAAAGGAACAGUGUGUAGGAUAUAGUGACAUCUAGUGGUGAGGUUGCAGAUUGCCACCAAAGGAAUACCCCUCUCUUUUCCACUGGGUACUUUUUGGAAAGCGGCUGAGGGUUUUGGCUCCGCCCACUAGUUAGUUCCCCUCUGCCUCUGUUCCCAUUCAGGUACUUUUGUAGCAGCUAACCACAGAGUCCAAAUGUGGCACAAACUAGUGAUCAAGAUCUUCUUAAAUUCUACACACUGCUCCUUUAAAUUAGCUUUUUAGAUGGAUUUACAGAAUUUAUUGCUGAUCUUUACAGCUCUUGUUAAAUAGAAGUUUGGACCAAGCGAAACACACGGCAGUAGCUAAUUUUAUGUAUUAAAAAAUAGCUCUCCACCAAAGAAUUUAUGAGCAACUGUUGUACAUCUUGAAUAGUUCAUUGCUUUGGUAAUGUGACAGGAUAUAAUCAGGAUUUGACAGGAAAGGAUAAAAUUAGGAUUUGUAUCCACAUAUGCGUAGAUCAUUGAAUUCCCACCCAUUUUAAUGCAUCACAGUUCCUAUUUUCCUUUUCUGUUCCUUCUUUCAACGUAUUUAUCAAUGCAUUAUAUUUGAGUUUAUUUUUAUGAAUGAAUGACGCAUCAUAGUGUUACCCAUAUUAUUGCACGACCAAAACAAGAAAAAUACCACAACUCCUGGGGUAUUCUUUUUCUAUAACAAUUUGUUUUUUUGUGUUGAGCACAAGUCUGGAAUCAAAAAGGGAAAUACAGAUAUCAUCAGGGACGAUUAAUGCAAAUAUAAUGUCAUACAAACAUGUCACCCAGUUGGUUUUAAACUUAUAAUUUCUGUUGGUGUGUAUAUGGCUAUAUAAUUUGAUUUUGUAUUUAUUGAUGUUUUUAUUAUUUAUGUGUCACUUUUUCAAUUUUAGUUUGUCCCGUUUUUUUCUGGCUGAUUAAUUUCUGUUGAUUUUAUGGCUGUCUU